CUUACCUCUGACGCCUACAUCCGGGAACUACACCGAGCUCGCUCUCCAACAUGGCGGCGUCAGCUAAGAAGAAGAAUAAGAAGGGGAAGACCCUGACUUUGACUGACUUCCUGGCGGAGGACAGUGGAGGCAGCGCUCCAGCCCCGAGUUACCCAACUAAAACCACGAGCUGGGCCGAUGAGACAGACGACUUGGACGGAGAUGUCUCUACGUCGUGGCACACAGAGGAGGACUCGUACCGCGCUCCUCCCAUCGACCGCUCCAUCCUCCCCACGGCUCCACGCUCCGCCCGAGAGCCCAACAUCGACCGCUCCCGUCUGCCCCGCUCCCCGCCCUACACCGCCUUCCUUGGAAACCUGCCCUAUGACGUCACUGAGGAAUCUAUCAAGGAGUUCUUCCGUGGACUUGCAAUUAGUGCGGUGCGUCUGCCUCGGGAGCCCUCUAACCCAGAGCGUCUGAAGGGUUUCGGUUACGCUGAGUUUGACGACGUGGAAUCACUAAUGAGAGCGCUGAGCCUCAACGAAGAGAAUCUAGGAAACAGGAGAAUUCGAGUUGAUAUUGCAGACCAAUCAAAUGACAAAGAGCGUGACAAUGGGCCAAUGGGGGGCAGAGACAGAGGGGGCAGGAUGUCAGACAUGGGCCCAGACAAAACAGACUCAGACUGGAGAGCUCGCCCAGCGGGAGACACAGACGAUGGCCCGCCCCGGAGAGAGGACUCUUACGGAUCACGUGACCGUUACGAGUCGGAUCGCUACAGAGAUGCACCUCGCCGUGACGACCGAUACGACGGAGGCCGGGACCGUUACGGAGGAGGGCGUGAUCGCUAUGACGAUCGAGACCGCCGGGAUCGCUACGACGACAGAGGAGGCUAUGAUUCCCGGGGUGGAGGGGGUGGUCGGCGGGCAUUUGGCAGCAGUUUUCGCCGUGAUGAUUACGAUUCUCGUGGCAGCAGCGACCGAUUUGGAGACAGAGAUCGCUAUGGAGACGACCGGUACGAGAGGAGGGAGGAGCGCCGGGAGGACAGAGGCCCUCCACAGAGGCCCAAGUUGAACCUAAAGCCUCGCAGUGUGCCCAAAGAGGAGGAGGGCAGCGGGGGCACCUCUCCCACCCCGGCCCCCGCCCCCUCCAGGUCCUCCUCCAUCUUUGGGAACGCCAAACCGGUCGACACCGCAGCGAAAGAGCGUGAGGUGGAGGAAAGGCUGAAGAAACAAGAGGAGAGACGGCAACGACAGCUGGAGGAGGAUAAAGGACGGGCCCCAGAGAGGAAACUCAGAGACAGGGACCCGAGCUGGCGCAGUGAAGAGUCCCACACUGAGCGCUCUCGUACAGGAAGUGAAUCCUCACAACCAGGAAGUACUUCUGGGAGAGGCUCCCGCUGCAGAGAGGAGCGCUCAGGGGAGAAUGAGGUGUUUAAUCAGGAGGCAGAGCCCACCUCGCCAACCUCCCCGCGACCUCCCACCUCUGCCCCUAAAGAGCCCCUCAAAGUGAUGCCCGCGCCCCCUCCCAAAGAGAACGCCUGGGCCAAACGCAGCGCUGGUGCCAGUACUGGGUCCAGUGAAGGAGAGAGGGGCCAGCCGGUGUCCCCCAGCGGGAACACCCCUCCUAAAAUCGGCUCUGGUGAUGAGCGAGGAUCUGGGAAAGAUGAGAACAAGGCUGACGGCGUUCGGCGGGGGGCCCCACGAGCUCGAGGGGGCUCCACGGGGCCAGCGACCGGCAGAGGCAGAGGAGAGGGGCGACCGGGAGAGCGCAGGAAGGAGGCAGACAGAAAAGAAUCUCGAAGAGAGAGAGACCCCAGACCCGCUCCAGAGCCAAAGAAAUACGAAGAAACCCCAACUCCCAAGUUCAGCUCAGCCAGUAAAUACGCCGCUUUGCUAAUGGACGGAGACCAAGGCGAAGACGCAGAGGACAACGAAUAAAUCCUCCAAAUAGAAAAUGAAUCACAACAAACAAGAUGGCCGCCAAGCUUCAGGAAGAGGACGUGGAGACGCAGAUGAAAUAAAAAUCAGUUUGGCUUUCCCUCCCUCACCUCCUGCACCGGACACUAGACUGGACUGUUUUAAUGCAACCGCAGUAGCUCCUAUUGAAAACAAGGAUAUGAUGGAUAAUAAUUGUAAUAAAUAAAUAAAAAAUGGGGGAAUUAA